AUGUCCUUGGCAAAAGCCCAUGCUACUUCGCCGGACAAGUCAUUCACGAGGACUUCAAGGAAACGCCCCUGCCUGAAUCCUCUUUCCGAAGCUCUGUCCAACGAUCUGGGAAAAAAAGCAGAGCCAAUAGCCCCAGAGACCUUGGAGACGAUUGAGAAGCUGCAGAAGAAGGUCAAGCUGUUGCAGAGAAUUGAGGAAGGCCGCACCUCCCAGCAAUACGUGCUAUUCGCGGAUCAAUUCAUGAUUCCAAGCAAGGAAGUGAUUCACUUGUUGAUGGAGAAAAUGGAUUCCCGUUAUCAGGAUGUCGGAAACACUAGGAAUUCUGUCGGAACCGAGGAUAUCGGGGUCUAG